AUGGAAGCUGUCAAUAUGAAUGUCAACCAAAAAGGACUUUUGAUGUGCGCUGAAGUAACUCUCUUCGAUCCAGACGAUCCACUUCAGAAAGUAAUUACAACUGCAUUCUUCGAGAGUGGUGCAACCUUGACAUUCAUUUCUGAAGAACUCGCAGGCAAGCUUAACUUAGAAUUCGAAAAAGAAGAACUAUUUGCGGUUGAAACAUUCGCGACACGUGAACCUCAGACCUACUUGUCAUCACGAGUGAGAAUUGGACUACUACUCGAGAACCAGGAAAUGACCACGCUCUCCGCCAGAACUGUGCCUUUCGUAUCCGGACCAAUGCAAAUGGAAUUAGUUCUUUCAAGCAAUCAGGAUCGAUUAAGAACUCAUGGGGUUACCGCUCAACCCGGAAUGCUCAUAGGUAACGAUUACUUUUGGGAUCUCGUGCUAUCCAAUGACUUCUUUAUGAAGCAGCUUCCUAAUGGCUACAAGCUCGUUCACACUCGACUCGGCUAUGUCAUAACUGGAAAACCUUUCCAAGCUAACGACUUAUGCAUGUCCGCGAUCAACAGUGAAGCACUCGAAAAGCCUCUCCAGCACCAGAAGCUAGAGGAACUAGUGGAAAAGUUCUGGUCCAUCGAGUUCAGAGGGAAUAUCUGA